AUGCAUUAUCCACAAUCAACAACAAGAUAUACUAUACUAUCUAAAAUGAUUAUGAAGUCAUUAUCAGUUGAAACGGUGUCAGAUUCUUCAAAACCUAUAUUUUUCGGUGAUGCUAUUAAUGGUUAUUGUUUAAGUAGAGUAUUUAAUUUAAAAGAUGUAAAUGCAAGAGGAUCGGAGAGAAAAUAUUCACUAUUAGUGGUUUCUGAUUCUGAGAUGGAUAUUUUGAAUAAUUGGGAUAUUGUAAAUUUAUAUUUCAAUGAAUGGAUUGAAAUACUACAACAAAAGGUUGAAUUGGAAUUGAAUAAACUAACUGCUGAUUCAAAUAAUGAAAAAUAUCUACGAAGAGGUAAUGUUAAACCUAAAAGUUUGAUUGAGUUAACUAAUGAUCAAGAAAUAUUUAUUAAGGUUCAUUUAUGGGCUAGUGAAUUAAUUAAAGAUUUAUUAAAAUGA